AUGGCACGAAUGCGAGUUCAUAUGUUUCUGAGUGGACUCGAUUCAGAGUAUGAUCAAGUCCGUGGUGAGAUUUUGCGCAAAGACCCAAAAUUCGACUUGGAGCAAAGCUAUGCAUAUGUUCGAAAGGUGCAUUCUGAGAGGCAGGCAAUGGGACAUGCUUCUGAAUCCUCUGCCAUGGCUGUCCAACGCAAACAUGGUCCUUCCUCAAGAUUCUCAACUCCUCCACGUCGCCCUCCAGGUAAAGCAAAUCCAUAUGCAAAUACAAAGUGUCCGGUCUGUGGAGAUUUGGGUCAUAGCAGGCAACGGUGCUAUGAAGUGAUUGGCUACCCUGAUUGGUGGGAUUUCACUAAGAAACCGCGAAAGAACCUUGGAAAAGCUGCCGUGGCUACUACAGAGGAAACACAACCAUCUAAUGCCUCCGCUAAUGUAGCCCAGUCAGGACAUUCUGACUCGGCGGAUUCUUGGUUAUGGUGUUAGAAGGGGGAAACUCUACUACUUGGAUCUGACAGAGAAAGGAGAGCAACAGUUGUUAGGACAAGUGAAUCAGG